AUGCAUUCGUUUGCUGAGAUAUUACUCGCAAUUAUUGAUCGCUUGUUGGAUGGAGUAAAGCAAUGUCAGGUACGAUUUGGUAGUACAACCGAAUUGGCUUCUGAGAAGGAUAGCAGAAUCUCUUGUCUUUGUGAGCAAUGGAACAUUGUUCUUCAAUUCGGCAUUAAAUCCACAAAAAAGAUAAAUUCUUUAAGGCAGGUGUUAAUGAGGUCUGAAGGUCAAUCUGUGUUCUGGCUAUUUAUCAAGGAACAUCUUAGCUCUAGUGAAAUAAAGACAUAUAAUUCCUUACAUAAUGUAAUGACAGAUGUUGGUAGAGCUCAAGCAUGGCUUAGGUCUAGUUUAAACGAGCAAUCACUGGAGAAAUAUCUUCACAGCUUCAUUGGGCAUAAACAAUUGCUUUUUCAGUAUUAUGAGCAGGAUGCAUUAUUAUUGGAUGAUGAACGAUCUAGUAUGUUACCAAUGAUGGCUGCUGGCUUAAGUUCAAUUCUUUUUGCAAUUGACAUUGACAAAGCUGAGUUUAACUCUAUUACUGUACAGAUUCCAGGAAAUAUCAGCCAAGCAGUUUCUCGUCCAACAUCAAUAUGGGCUGUACCAUCACCAAUGUAUGCGACGUCAGGAGCUCCUGGUGAAGUUUGUGUACAUGCUCGUGGUAACCAUGCUUUCACUAAAAGGCCUGACGAUUUUCUUGAAAUGCCAAAGAACUCUCAGUUGGCUUAUUGUUCGAAUUCUGAGAAUUCAAGUCUUUCUUCCACAAUGGCGAAAACCAACGUUGAGAACAAGGAGAAUGAAACAGAUGAACAAGGUCUAGCUAUGUCAGAUGAAAAUGAGCGAUUUACUGUUGCACCUGAGACGUCGCGACAUUUAGUUCAUUCAAUAAAUGAUUCGCCCGUUUCAAGUAUUUACACUGAUGAAGACGUCGAGAAUGAUGCAAGUUUAGCAAUUGGAGCAACUGUUGCAGCGAUAUGUGCCACACGUGAUGGUAGCAUAGAAAUUAAUGAUUACUCAGGAUCGUCAUUGGUCAGAACCAUGGGUGAUGGUUGUAUGAAUCCAUCAGAGGAAUAUCCAUCAGGCAAAGAAAUGACUUCAGAGGAAUUAAAACAGGCGAUUGUAUCGAUGAUGUUAAGAAAAGAUGAAGUUGAAGAACGUAACAGAUCAUUACAACAACAUUUAGAAAAAGAUAUGAUGAAGUCAGCUGCUCUUCGUCUUCAAUUAGAAGAUUUAAAAAGAGAUAUGUCGUCGAAAAAUGAAGAAAAUUGCGUCGCUCUUAACGGCUUAAAAAGUGAAAAUGAUUUGCUCAAGCACCAACUAAAGAAAUACGUGGGUGCUGUUCAAUCGUUGAAAAGAAAUGACGUUAUGGAAGAAGCUCCAGAAAAUGAAAGACUUUCUUCUAUCAUUCUUUCUCCGGAAUCUGACGUCGACGAAGUGAGAAAGGAAGAAAACAAAGAUUUUGAGCGGAAGUUGAUCCAAGUCGCUGAUAUGCAUGGCGAACUUAUUGAACUCAAUGAAAGACUGCAAAAAAUGUUGAAUGCUCGUGAAUAUCAGCUAAGAAUAUUAAAAGAAGAGCUUGUCAAUCUUAGAGGACCGCUUCCUCAGGACAAUAAUCAUGAUGAAUGUUUAUAUUUGACGGAGUUUGGUCCAAAUUUCAUGUCUGUCAAUACUCGUCCUUUAAUUAACAUUUGGAUUCCAUCUGUUUUUGUACAAGGAAAGUCUCCAAACAUUCACCAUUCUUAUCAGGUUUAUAUCCGUAUCAAAGACGAUGAAUGGAAUGUUUACAAAAGAUACUCGGAUUUUUAUGCCCUACAUAAGAAGACAAGAAAGCAGUUUAAACCUGUUGCACAAUUCACGUUUCCCGCGAAGAAAAUUAUUGGAAAUCGUGACGUCAAUUUUGUGGAAACACGUCGAAAACAAUUGGAAAAUUACUUGAGAAAAUUGAUCAAUUAUAGUCUGGGUGCUGUUCCAGAGUUAGGUGAAAAUCCUUGCAAGAGUUCUUUGUUCAAAUACUUUCCAUUUUUCAUGCAAACUUCAACGGUAUCAUCUGUUUCAACGACGACAUCGACAAAACAAACUGUUCCUUCUUAAUAUAAUGGUUAAAAGGUAAAACUUGUAGGAUGUCUGUCGAAAAAAACAGAGCAUAGAAAUUGUAUAAGUUAUAUUGUAUGUAUAUAUAUAACAUACGUAUAGUUCAGUAUAUAUAAAUAUAAUAUGUCUACAAAGUAGAAGAAUUUCCUGAUGCAUCAACUUCAACGACUCUUUAUUGUAUGUGUUCUAUACAGAUAUAAUUUGUCAGUAUUUGCUACUAUAUAAUAGUACAUCAUACUGGGUUUUAACAAGUUAAAACAUAAUAUUUAACUUGAAAUGAAAACAAUCGUAUAUUAAAUACAUCACACGAAACCUA